AGGAGGAGGAGUUCUCCUCCGCUUCCAGUACCACCACUGUCGGCACCCUCAUCUCCCGGGUGGCCAGGAAUGGGGAUGCUGUCGUGGAGAAGGACUUACUCAGUCAUGAGGACUUGGCAAAAGACCGGGGGGACAUGAUAGAUGAUAUCUUUGAUGAGACCUACCGGGAGAAAGAGGGCCCCAAGCCACCCCUCCGAUACGUCUGGAGGAAUAUCAUCCUCAUGAGCCUGCUGCAUCUAGGGGCCAUAUUAGGGUUGGUGCUCAUACCUUCUGCAAAGAUCCAGACAUUGGCAUGGGCCAUUCUCUGUUUUCUGGUGAGUGCUCUGGGGAUAACAGCUGGAUCUCACCGCCUCUGGAGCCAUCGGUCCUACAAAGCCACGCUGCCCCUGCGGAUCUUCUUGACUAUUGCAAACUCCAUAGCUUUCCAGAAUGACAUCUACGAGUGGGUCCGGGACCACCGUGUCCAUCACAAGUUCUCCGAGACAGAUGCAGACCCACACAAUGCCACACGGGGUUUCUUCUUUUCCCACAUCGGCUGGCUGCUGGUGCGCAAGCACCCGGAUGUCAUAGAGAAGGGCCAGAAGCUGGACCUGAGCGAUGUAAAGGCUGACAAAGUGGUGAUGUUCCAGCGGAGAUACUACAAGCCCUCAGUGGUGUUGCUGUGCUUCACCCUGCCCACUGUAGUGCCCUGGUACUUCUGGGACGAAUCCAUCGUCAUCAGCUUCUUCAUUCCAGCUAUCCUGCGGUACACCAUAGGGCUCAAUGCCACUUGGCUGGUGAACAGUGCUGCUCACAUGUUUGGCAACCGGCCAUAUGAUCAGAACAUCAACCCACGGGAGAACCCCCUGGUCAGCCUGGGGGCCCUAGGAGAAGGCUUCCACAACUACCACCACACCUUCCCCUACGAUUACUCCACCAGUGAGUUUGGCUGGCGCUUCAACAUAACCACAGCCUUCAUUGACCUCAUGUGCCUCCUGGGGCUGGCCAGUGAUCGCAAGAAGGUCUCCAAGGAGGUCAUCAUGGCUCGGAAAAUGCGUACUGGAGAUGGGAGUCACAAGAGUGGCUGAGUUCCUGCUCCCCUUCAUGCACACAUCCACACCUCUCCUUCCUCCUUUUUUCUCCCUUUCUCCCUUCCUGACCCCUCUGAACACGCUGGACAAAGGUUUAAUGUUCUGUUUACUAACUACUGAAUAAUGCUACCAGUUUGUUUAAGAUAAUGAUAAUGAGUUUUAACCCCCCUCCCACGCUGUAUUUUACAUGACAUAUUUAAGAUCUAGGACUCUGCUUUUAUAAUGCAAGGCCACCCCUCUCCCUCCUCUCCUUUUCCUUUCUGUUCCUCUCUCCAGUCGCUUUACCCCAUCUCCUGCUUUAUGUCACGCUGGUCUCUCCAUGGCAGAGGAACUGGUAGGAAGCAGCCUGGGGAGGCCCAUCACAGCUGGCUACGUACCAUGGAGUUAAGGGAAGCCUGUACCAGCCAGCUGAAGAGUUGAGCCAAAGUCAAGGACCCUCUCCCCACCACCUUCCUCCCAAAAUUCCUUCCUCCCAAAAUUCCUUCAUCUGUCCCUCCUCCUUUCUCAAAGGCUGCUGACAGAUACGGCAUGGCUGAACUGCUCUCCUCAAGAAAAGCAGCCCUGUCCGCUUCCCUUGCUAUCGGAAGAGAGUUAUCUCUUUCCAGUAUGUUUCUUGGGAAGUGCUCUCCCCACCACACAGCCUCUCUGGCUGGGGAGAGGAGAGCCUCCAGUCUCAGAGCUCUAGCCAGGUCCACUGGUGGCUGAGGGAAGUCUGGUGAAAGCAGUGGGCACUAGAGGGGGGAGCCUUGGUGGCCUUAUAUCCUCCUCCCUCUGGCAUCACAGCCUUCCUCCCUUCACUGCCCACUGUGCCCUGUGCCACCAGGGUCUCAGGGCGGAGCCUGGCUCUGGUCUCUGUGGCCCAUUUGGAGAGCCACAUCAAGGAGGGGGACAAAUGGAGGGGUGUGCCACUGGCUGCUGUUGGGCAGCACCAGCCCAGGGUGGUUUUGUUUGCUGCUGCCACUGAGAUUUUCGCCAGCAAACGGGACUUUGCCAAAAUGGAGAGGGGGAGAGGGAUGUAAACCAAAGCUCCACCAUUGACUUAAGCUGCUUUAUGUGCUGGAGGAACAAGGUCCUCCCUGGGCGGCAGAGAAAUGUCCUGGUGUCCAUGCCAGCUCUGUGGAUCCUCAUCCUGUGCUGAGUACAGGGAUGGGGCAAGGGGGAGCUUGCAGGCAUAGGGAAGGUGUCUGCAGGAACAGGUCUCUCCAUCCCCAGGGGCUCCACUCGGUUCAUUAGCGAGUGCCUGAGAAACACAGAUGCAGAGCCAGGCAGCACAGGAGGCUUGAGGGAGUCGAGACCUUUGAAGCAAGACACUGCUGCCAGUGUCUGGGCUUUCCUGGCUAGGGUCCACCAGGGUGGCAUGCCAUUCCCUGCUCCUCUGAGCUAGUGGGAAGGGAGGGCAAAAGCAGUUCCUCAUUAGUCCCUUAGCUUGCCUCCCGGCCCCCUCGGCAAGCCAUCUUACCACCUCAGUUCUUUGCUGGCAGUGAGGGUGGCUGAGACUGCAGAAAGGUCAGUUAUAUCACCAAGCUGAUGUGGGCACACAACUAGGGGGUGUGCUGGGGAAAAAAGUCCUUGUGGGUGUUGUUUCCUGCAGGUUGCAGAGACUGCAACUUGAGUUCAGGCGGUGGGUUAGGUUCUGGGAGUCAUGACCUUGAGCUCCUCACUGGGGCUGAACGUGCUUUUUUUCCCCCUUAACUCUCUCCAUUAUUAUUAAUUAUUAUUAUUAUUAGUUUAGCAGUAGUAUUGUUUUUGUAGCUUAAAUUCAUCAAAUGGAGCUGGAGGAAAGCACAAGAGGUGGCUGGAACGAGGUGAUGUUGGAGUGGGGUUUGCAGUAUCUCCCUUGUUUAGAGAGGGCAGAGAUAGAGUGGAUGCCAACUUCCUCGCCUCAGCUCUGCCACGUAGCAGCCAGGCAAGCUUCACGGGAGCACCUAUCUGCAGCUUUGAUUUCUCCUGCUGCUGUGAAACUCACCAGGAGCCAGGACAGUCCUGUGAUGUACUCCUUAACAAGAAAUACGCUUGUUACUCAGAAAAGAAGGACUUCUCUUCUUUCCCCUCCCUGCCACCACUGUGGCCUUGUUAUUACUCAGCAAUGGGACCCUUUUGAGGUUUUGAACCACCAGGAGCAAUGUGGUCUCCAGCUGAGAGGUACAACAGGGAGGAAUGGCGCAGGGAGCCCUUAGCUCCUUCUGUCAGGAGAAGGCAUCCCUACUCCUCUGAGGCUCGUGACAGACUGGGGACUGGCUGGGGCAAAGGACAUUGUGACUAGAAUUGUAUCCCACCUUUUAAAAAAAAAAAGCCCUCCCAAAAAGAAGAAACACUGUUUGCUCUGUAAUUGCAGACUGACUUUGCUCUAGUCUAAGCCUCUCAGAAGACAUCUGUAGAGAGGAUGUAUUUGCUCCAGCCAGUAAUUUGAAAGGGGUGUGGGGAGGGGAGAAGGUGAGGAAAAUUAUUUCCUUGCUCCUGGUGCCCUAACUUAAGGUGUUGUGUGACAUACCCUAUGGUAGAGAAGCGUGCCGUGACAUGUUGCAAUAUUUCACAUCCUCUCAGCAGAGAAGCAGGGUUUGAAAUCAAGAGUUCCUUUCAGAUUUCACCUGCUGAUUCGGAUCCAGAAUCUGGAAUUAGGGUGGAAGCUGAGGAGCAGUAACCAAACAGUCCAAUCACUUUAAAGAUAGAUUGGCAAAUAUCUCUGGGUGCCUUAAGUCUUUCUUUAAUAUACAUAGGAGUAUUGACAGCGAUUUGCCGUAUUUUUUCUUUUUUUUUUCUGAAUUAUGAACAUUCGAGGGGUUUCUUAAUUAUUUAACUGCCUACACUGAACUGUGGGUGCAGGUGAUUUUGAAUGUACUUGGGUUAGAAUUUUUGUUAGAUUAAGAAACAUACAACACUUUAAGUAGAACUUUGAAAUUAUAUAUAUAUAUACCUAUAAAUAUAUAUAUAUUUUUUUUGGUGGCAUGUUUGUAUCCUGGAUGCAUUAUCUGUAUGUUUAGCUUAAAUGAGUCUGUGAGAGGUGGAAGCAGAGAAGGCGGCAGUGGGACUUGGUGGCUAGAGCUGCUGUUCUGCUGGGACCUGUUCCCAGCUUAGCUACUCACUCACUGUGUGAUUUAGGACAAAGUCACUCAAAAACUCUCUGUGCCUCAGUUUCCCUAUCCGUAACAGGGGGUUAUGCCCUGCCUCCCUGGGGUGUGGUGAGGCUCGCUGCCGACCAGCCGAGUGCGUUGGAGGAGGAAGGUGUAGGUACCACACACACACUGCUGCUGGCAGAAGCAUGGACUGGUUUGUUUUCCAAAACUGUUCCCAUCCCUGCUGGUAUUGUGAAGAGCAGAUGUCCAAGUGUUGGGUGUUCAGGGAAGGAUUGGAAAGUUGAAUCUACACAUUGUCUAAGCUCUGUCACUGUUGAAAUGUGAGUAGGAUAUGAUUUUUCACAGCUUAGGGAUUUCUGCAUAGUAGCAUCUGUUUUGUGUACUGG